AAUGGCUGAGCGCACAUUUGUGCGCUCACUCUUCUUGUGUGCUCGUCGGCCUUGUGUAGCAACACACUCACCUACUUUAUAACGCGAUCCCUUACAAUCUGUUACCCGUUUGUCAUUACUGUCAACGUCUUCAGCAGGCAUGUCUCAUUACCUACCCUUCAGCGUCUCGGACGAUGAAUUGGAAAGAUCCACGCGUAGCUCGGAUUCAUUCGAGUAUGCCGACAGUAUUGAAGGCACAUUUUACGACGCGUCUCCUAGCAAAGCACCCAGAAAAACCUCAUACCACGACCAACGACCACGACAACGCCGCAAGCUGGACGACCAGGGCCCACGGUUAGCCUGCCCAUUUGCAAAGCACGACCCUCUAAAACAUCGGCAAUGCUUCAGAUACGACAAGAUGGACCAGAUCUCCAGACUCAAACAACACCUACUAAGAGUCCACCAAUUGCCCAUCCAUUGCGUACGCUGCUCGCAGACGUUCAGCACGGAAAGCAGAAGAGACUCGCAUCUCCGCAGCGUCCCGGGCUGCAGCAUACAACCAAACCAAGCUCACCUUGGGAUCACUGAGACGCAGAAAUCGCAGCUGGCUCAGCGCGUCUCCGCGAAGAAUUCAAAGGAAAAGAACUGGUACCUGAUAUAUGAAAUCCUCUUCCCAGGUUCACCGAGACCUGAUACUCCAUUCUUGGACAGCACGCAAUUCUCCGAAGAACUAUUCGCUGUUCGCGAGUACGCAGCGCGGGAAGCGCCCACUCGCAUUGCACAGCUGGCCUCGGCACUCAAACAUGACGAAAGGUUUGCCCCAAUACCCCCAGAAUACAAGCUACGCAUUGAGGUCUUUGCCCUUGCCGCAGUGAAGGAUGUCUUGGAUGCUGUGGUUGACAAGUGGUUACGCGGCGGCGUGUCGGAGCAGACGAACCCACCAACUCCAGUUCAUACACUAGAUCCACCAUCGCCUAGUCUGUCUUGCAUUACGAUGAACCAGUCUCCUUCUAAUACUCGACAGUCGAGCUCUGGGGAUGAGGGCGGUGCAUUCGACAUACUGCCUUCCCUAGUGGAAGGGACGAAAUCUUGGAGCAGCCCUGAGGAGCCUUCGCGCCUCGAUUGGCUUUCGAUGGUUGCUGACCUCGAUGCGAGAUCUUGGGACGAUUUAUUGAAUUCUUCUUUGGAUGGCGCGUUGCAGCAGCCGCUGAAGUAGAGAGCGGGGUUCAGGAACCAUCACAUAGGCUAGCACGAAACCUUGGAAUUUAGCACACUCUGUUCUAUAGGAAUUCGC